UUACCCGGUGAUAUUGACAGCUGGUUGUGCAAUAUAAUCGUAUUAUACUCGUCAUGUUGUGAAAUAGAUUGACAGACCGCCUUGGGCGGCUAGAGAGCUUACAGAAACGUUUGUCAUUGAGUCAUAAUAAUGUGCUGUGCAGUACAGUUCCCGAGCCUUUCUCUUGAAUUGAGCCUGAGGCAUACUGAAGAUAGAUUCACAAUAUUUGAUUUGAAAACAGAUAGACAACUUAAACUAAAGAAGGAUCACCUAGGAUCGACGAGCUGCUGUGAGAAAUUAAUGUCAAAUAGUGGGGCAUUAAAACAACAAACAGAUACCAGUGCGACAUCUUGCCCACCGGCGACUCAUCUACCUCAACUCGUUCAGCCUAUAUCCGAGUCGACAAGUCAACAGAAAGGUGAAGACCCCAGCGCAGGUAAGAAAAAGAAAUGGAAGCCAGUACCGCUCGCGGAUUUAGGGUUUAACAUGUCGCUGUUCCCGAGGCCUUGUCGACCUGAGAUGAUAGACCCGGAAGAGGAACACCGGAUAUUGCGCGCCAUCGAGCGAGACCUGGGCGCUAUGGAGGAAACUCUCGAGAAAUGCAGGAAUCUCGAUGUGCAAGAUUUCCCAGUGUCCGAUGAAAAUGCUUCCAAAUGUGCCAAAGUGUUACGGCGAGAUAGGGACAGAAAGGUUAGAAAGGCCGCUAGACAAGUGAAGGACAAGCAUUGUUAUACUCUGAAAAAUAACAAAGGUAGAACGAAAUUAUAUAUUCAUCAUAGACUAUUUAAAUUAAUAAACCUUGAAGAAAAGCGACUUUAUCUACAUCUUCCUUCUCAAAAGAAAAAUUACUCGAUAGUAAAUAAGAAUGCUAAUUCCACCACAGACUCAAAAUCGCGAUUGAAAACGUCUGACUCAUCAUUGAACCGCCGCCCCGCCCCUGUACAAAACCUACGCCACGCCCUUGUUGAAACGAACGCCUCUCAGGACUUGGCCACAGACCUUAUCAGCAGCUUAAUUAACAUUCAGCACCGGGAACUGACCCCCGAGGACUAUGAGAUCUUACUCCGACUGGAUGAUACAGUGGCGCCCAGGACUAUCAACAAGUCGUUGCUCAGCUGCUUUCAAACGGACACUGUCAGUGCGGAAACUGCCGGCGAUAUCUGCGCAGUUUGCAUGGACCCUUACGUCGUUGGAGAGAACCGGAAGUUCCUUCCGUGUCGUCAUGUGUUCCACUGUAAAUGUAUCGAUAUGUGGCUGGAAAACUCGUCCAGAAUCUGUCCGAUAGACGGCUUACCAGUCGAUGCGUGACUCUGUGCUCAACUGCGUAGAUUUAGAUAUUUAUUUGUGUUUAUUCUUGUGGGUGUGAGUCCCUUUCAAUAUAAUAAUAUAAUAAAUUGUUACAAUUAUA